AUGGCUAAUUCAAGAAUGAUUGCUGAAGACGACAAAUUUAGUCAUGAAGUUAUUACACACACAGGAUCAGGAAAAACUGUUGCUGCAAUUUAUGCUAUUCAUUUAGCAUUAAAAAAUGGAUCAAAAGUGAUUUAUACUGGUUCAAUUAAAUCUCUCUUGAAUCAAAAAUUCAAAGAAUUUGAAGAACUUUUUCCAAAUAAGGUUGAAUUGUUGACUGCGGAUAGCGUAAGAAACCCACAAAGUCUAAUUUUGGUAAUGGUAACAGAAAUUUUCAAUAAAAUGAUUUUGGAAUUUAAUCACACAAUCGAAAAUGUUUCUUAUAUUAUUUAUGACGAAGCACAUUUCAUGGGUGAUUUGAAAAGAGGAAAUAUUUGGGAGAAAAGUUUAAUAUGCUGUCCAAAAAAUAUAAAUAUUUUGCUUUUAAGUGCUACAAUUGAAAAUUCAAAAGAAAUUACUGCGUGGAUUACAACAAUUAAGAGCAAAUCUUGUCAUCUUAUAAAAACAAAAAAAAGAUUUGUUCCUUUAGAAUUUUAUGUUUUUUCGUGUGAUGAAUCACUUUUGUAUACUGUUAAAGAUGUCAAUGAAAAAAUUUAUAAUGCUGCAUUUGACAAGAUUCAAAAAGAAAAAUCUUAUGGUACUUCUAUUAAAAAAAAAUAUUUCUAA